UUGCGCAGCUUUUUAUUUGAAAAUUCAAAUUUGAACGGGUGUUCAAUGAAUGAAACGGCCACAUAGAAUAAAACACAACUAUGCUAGCAAAGUGGAUAACGUUAUAAUAAUUGUAGCAUAGUUUGGAGCUUUCGAGGUUUGGAUGUAGCAGAGAAACAUGGGAGACUCAUCAGCUUGUCUCAUGCAACAGCCAUUCUGUUAUGCCUCUGGCUUUCCCAAAGAAGCCAACAAGAGCAACCAAAAUCAUGCACUUGGACAAUCAAUCUCAUUUGGGAGGUUCAUGUCAGAGUCUCUGGCAUGGGAUAAGUGGUCCACUUUCUCUCAGAACCGCUAUGUUGAAGAGGCAAAGAGUUUUACACAGUCAGGUUCAGUUGCACAGAAGAAAGCUUUCUUUGAAGCUCACUACAAGAAACUUGCUGCUCAAAAGGCAGCUGCUUUGCUUGAACAACAAGCAAACAGUGCCUCACAGACACAGCAAGAACAUGAAGCUGAUAACAACCAUAAUUCACACAUGAUGAGUCCAAAAUCUAAACUAGUUCUCCAAAAUGCAAAGGUUUAUAAUUCAAAUUCAACUGUAGAGACUACUUUACCUCAAAGUAACAAGUUAGAAGGAGCUCAACCAGAGAUAGAUCACCAAACUUUUGUAGUUAAGUUGCAAAAUCAGCUUCAAAAAGUUGAUAACUCUAAGGAUCCAAGUGAAGAGGGUACCAACUUUGAUCAGGAAAUUUUGCAACCAAUAGGCAAGAAGAAACAACCAGUUUCUUCAUUCAAGCUGUUAAAAUUUGUUGGAACCUCCAAGUUCAACUCUACACCUGUCAAAUCCACAACUCCUAGUCUUUCUAAGAAAGAUGAUAUUGCUACCCCAAUGAGCAAUAAAUCUGCAUUAAGCUCUUCUGAUAAAGAAAAAUCAACUGCUAAGUCACCUCACAUGUCACUUAAUUUCACAAUCAUUAGAGAAAUCAAUAAAUUGACAGUAUCAUUGGCGAGGAAAUUUGAAAGUACUAGAGUUGGUGCUAGCUCUUCCAAGGCUUCAAAGGAUAGCUCAAAUAUUCUAGGAACCAAAACUAAGGCUUCUAAGAAUGACUUGCAAAAACAUUCAUCAUCUACCCCAUUAUCAGAAGCGAAAAGAAGUGAAAGGACACCCCCCAUUAAAUCCCCCACAUUUAGCUUGAGCACAGAAGAAAGAGCUUCAAGUAGAAAGAAGGAGAAAACAGAGAUAAAGAUUAGAAAACUACGUCAGAGCUUUUGUUUCAAGCCAAGGUUGCCACCUGAUUUUUACAAAGAAAGAGAAGAAUCAAAGACAGCAACAAAAAAGGAUCAGUUGGUAACUCACGAGUCAUCCAAAAAGGAAAGAAGACCCACUUUAAGAGUCGUAGAGAGCAAAAGCUCUUUACCUCGUAUGAGACCUUUCAAGGAAAAGAACUGUGCCACCUUGACUAUGCCUUUCACUUCAAAUUCUCCUAUGAAUACUACUCAUGAAAAUACAUCUCCAAAUAUUCAGCAUGGAAACCAAAAUGACAAAUUAAAAAUAAUUUUAGGGAGAGAGUACUAUACAACUGAUUGA